GGCUGCUCCGGUCACCACAGUCUAGCCAGGACUGCGACGGUGAAGCACCUGGGUUGAGAGGGAGCCUCAAGGUAACACGCAACCCUUGCCUCCCCUGUCCCCAGCCCAAGCCUCGGUGGAGGCGGGUGUGUUUGGGACCCGGGAGUGGGUCUCGCUGCGUGUGGCCUUCCAACACCUUCCUCCCCCACCAUCCUUACCCAGUCCCAGUCCCACCCAACCCACCUGGGCGAGACAACUCAGGUGCUGCGAAGGACAAGAGAUUAAGUCAGAAGAGCGAGCGAGAAGAGAGGGGCCUCCUGCAGAAGAAGGUGUGAUCCCAGCGGCAGACACGAGGUGCUGUGCCGAGACACAGGGUGACGAGGCUCCUUAGACCGUUGCAUCUGGCCAAUCCUGACGACAGCUUCUAAGAAGGACAAUACCAUUUAGACGUUCCGGAGCUCCCUGAACCAUGACCCAGACCCUCGACAAAAGAGAAGACCCUCUAAACCUGGGUGGCGGUUGGGCAUCUUCUUCCCCUUUACGUCCUUGGCGGUCUUGCCACCGCAAGCGCAGGGGUGCUCCAAUUUACAAGCGCCGGCAAGGUUACGGCCCCAAGGUCGAGUAUGAGCCCCCGAGGAAACAGCCAAAGUACCAGUACGGCUCGGGCCCUUGGUUCCAACCACCCCAACCACCCGCUUGGGCACUGAACUUUAACUGGGGGAGCUGGUGCGCUCCCUGGCACCCACCUCCCACAGGAUUCCGGAAGCCCCCCGGCCGAGUGGUUCGGAUGUAUGGCCUGCACCCCUUCUGUCUUUGCUGCUGCUCCUGCUGGGGCGGGCCCUGGAACCCUGGCUGGGCCAGGCCCCCUGGCAGGAAGAAGCGCUGGGGCCGCAGGGGCCGCGGCCUGCGCCGCCAACCUCGCGGCUCAUCUUCGAGGAGUCCGCCAGUGGAUCUGAGCACGCUGCUGCGCCCGGUCAACCUGUACGGGUGGAGGGCGCCUGGCAUGCAAGCGCCGCCAAACACCACCCAGUUCAUCAUGGACCAGAUCUACCAAGACAUGCAGCAGCAGGAGGAACUGGAGCGCCAGCAGCGGGCGCAGGCGGGCGCUCAGGCCUCCCCGGCUUGUUCUUCCGGAAACGACGCGCCCCCUAGUGGCGGCGAGGAAGAUGCGGCGCUGCAGGCUCUAUAUGGCUAUGCGCAAAAUCCCUCUCUAGCCUUAAGUCCUGCUCCAGAGGAGAACCAGUCUUCCACCCCGCAGCUGCUGCAGGGAGAGGAAGAGCAAGAGCAGAAGAUGGAGGAGGAGGAGUAUGAAGAGGAUAUUUGGAAUGGAAGGGUGGAGGAGAGCGAGGAAGAGGAGGAUGAAGCAGAGGAAGAAGAUGAGAUGGAGGAGGAAGAAGAAACUGAGGAGGAGGAAGAAGCUGAGGAAGAGGAAGAUGCAGAUGAGGAGGGGGAGGAGGAGGAAGAAGAGGAUGAGGAAGAGGGGCUGGAGGAGGAGCAGAGAGAAGAAGAAAACCACUUGCCCCUGGAAAUGCCUCUGUCAAUCCUAGUGGGGGCUGAAGAAGAGAGCGAGAACUUUAUAAACUGUACUUAUUUAAGUCCAAAAUAGAUCAUUCCCAAAGUGCCACAGGAAGCUCUCUUCGUGAUCCAAGACAUUAACUAA